AUGGCCAAUUUCGCGACCCGUUCAUUCUUCAUGUCUAACGAAGGGGCUGUGGAUGGUGUUGUGAUUCAACCUGGCGGCAGCACCAAAGACAUAAAGGAAUCGGAGAAAUUGAAAUUCAGCAAGCCGGGAAAAUAUGUCGUCGAGGUCAACGGUGUCGUUGUGUUCAGUGUCGACUACCACAGUGGCAAGUUGACUGUCAACGAUGGAACAUCGGCUUCGUCCGACGCUGCGUUCAUCGUCUCCGCUAAGAUGCCCGACAUGAAGGCGGGAGGACUUGUCCUAACUUCCCUGAACAACGGUCUGGUAGAUGCUAUGCUUGGGGAUCAUGCGGGAUAA